AUGCCCAAGAGAAAGGCUGAAGGGGAUGCUAAAGAAGAUAAAGCCAAGGUGAAGGAUGAUCCACAGAGAAGAUCUGUAAGGUUAUCUGCUAAACCUGCUCCUCCAAAGCCAGAGCCCAAGCCUAAAAAAAACUCUGCAAGGAAGGGCCCCAAAGUGAAAAAGGGGAAAGCUGGCAAGGAUGGGAAUCAGUUCAGUUCAUAUGGGAAUAAGCCUGCAGAUAAUGGAGAUGCCCAAAUAGAUCAGGCACGGAAAACUGACGGUGCUGGAGAUGCUGGGCAAAGAAGGGAAGAGCGCCGGGGAGAGCUCGGUCAGUGCUCGGAGGGGACUGGCCUAGAGCGGUCACUCGAAAGGCGAGGACCCGCGAAAGCGAGUAUACAUAUUCCCAGCAGCUCUGUCUUUCCAGGCACACGGAGUAAGUUGGCUGGAACUCCCCGUGACCGCUCAGCCCGGCGUGCAGGGCUGCAGCGGCGCAAAGCCUGCUCCAGAGCGGCCGCAGCGGCGCGGGCAGGAGGGGUACCCAGGUGGGGCCGCGCGCCCUCCGCGGGGGGACCGGUGAGCCCGCCCCCGAGUCCGAGAGAGAGCCAGGUGAGCGUCCGCCCGGGUCCGCCGGUGACCAGGUUGACAUUUCGCAGUUUUGAACUGAUCGUAUGUAGUUUCAUGAGAUGUGCCUUGAAUCUCCCCAGAAGGUAA